AUGAUACAACACACCCUCUUCCUCCAUGUGACGUUCUUCGCCUUCGCCACAGAAGCGUCGCUUGUCUUUCAAGCAUUCGAGCCAGUCAUCCCCUGUGCCGAUGGAAGCCCUGCUGGGAUUUACUCCAAUGUUGCUGUUGUCAAUAGUAACAGUCAAACGCUGCAGCUUAUCGAUGAAACGAAACAUAUCAUUGUCUUUGAGGGAGGAGGAGCAUGUACAAACCCAGACGAGUGCCUCGAGAAGGCAUUGAGUGAGCCAUUCAAAUUCUCCAGUACAACGCUCCCUCCAAUCAUAGAAGGGACAACCAUUCUCUCGGAGGAUCCACAGGUAGAGAAUCCGUUCCAGAGCUACACCAAGUGGCUUGUUCCCUAUUGCACCCAAGACCUGUUCCUGGGAGAUGUGCGCAAGGGCAAGGUCGGAGACUUUAUUCAUGGUGGAUCGGACAUCUUCCGUACCGCCAUAUCUCAUUGGCAGGACAGAGCUUUCCAACAAGGAAGCAUCCAACAGCUUGUUGUUAUUGGAAUCAGUGCUGGUGCCAUUGGAGUCAUGAAUCACGUAGCAGAUGUCCGAGAAGCGGCCCAGUCUGUUGGUGUCACUACAAUGCAGUACAUCCUAGAUGCCCCAUCAGCUAGUGAUCGAUGGCACGACAAGAACUUCUCAUUGGCUAUGGAAACUUAUGUGAAUUUGACAGAGCAUCCUCUGUGUGACAUGUCAAACAAGUUCUCCCAGCAUUACAAUCCAGAGAUUUCUGACUUGCCCUGCUGUGUCUCAUCUCACUGCAUGUUUCGCCAUGAUGAGAACAUUAGGUCUAUUGGUACUCCAAAGAACACAAGUGGAACCAUGAUGGUAGAAGAAGUACUUUUGUUGGAUGGUGACUAUGACCCCUUUGCACUGGCUGCUUCAAGCCAAAAGGACCAUGUUAACCAAAGGAGAUUCAUUGACAUUAUGAGCAAUGUCUGGGCUGGAGCCGAAACAGCAGGUUCAAGAAUCACUCGCCCCUUGGAAACAUCUCUUUGGCUCUCAGAUUCUCAAGACGAACAUCUGGGACCCAAAGGAUCAUGGUACAUUUCAUCCUGUGUUGCACAUGGAUUCUUUGUGCCAUCAGUUCAACUUCUCCACCUGGCAUGCUCACAUGGAAACUUUAGCAGCAAGGACUUUGAUGUUCGGUGUGGCAGUGAUGGAUUUGGUGUGCAGUCCACCAUUGGACAAGUUGACCUAAAGGUUACAUUGUGGCAGACAACUGAUACCUGGAACUUGGCAAAGGUGCAAGGACAAUCUAUUCAUAGCAUUGUAGCUGGCUUUGUCUCCCAAGAUGAAGAUGGUCAACAAGAGAGCAAUCGCUUGGUUGUGCUUGCAGACGAAUGCAGUGGUCCAAACUGUGCUUCUGUUGUUGGACAUCCUAAUGAAUGCCAAGCACUGUUUGAGCUUGAAGAAACUUUUGUGCCAGUACCCUUAGAUCUAACGAUCUUGUGGUACAUUGCCAUCAGUUUCAUCAUUGCCACAGCUGCUGCAAGGCUGCCAUUGCCAAAGUUGUUUGCCGAAGCUGCCACAGCAGAGGCAACAGAGCCAGUGGCCACAGAAGAUGGGACUUCUGAGUGUCAUGUUUCACAUGAUGAGACUCCUGUGCACACUAAAAUUUGCUCUGUCGUGAACCUGUCAAUUGUGACAGCAGAGCAGGGUUUCAAAGUUCUUGAAGAUGUCCACCUAGAAAUCCGUUCAGGUUCUGUAGCUGGGCUCUUUGGUAGAUCUGGUUCUGGAAAGUCCACCCUCAUGGCAGCUUUGAGUCGUCAGAAGCUUCAGGGUUUAAGUAUUUCUGCAGGGAAAAUUGAAAUGCACUGCCCUGAAAGUGAUGUUGCCUUCCUUCGCCAAUCAGAUUCAGUGAAGAUGGAGAAUAUGACUGCCUCAGCAUAUCUGGACAUCACUGCUUCAAUCUAUGGGGCAGAGAUCAAACAAGUUACUGCAUGUUCAGACAUGGUGAAGAAGCUCUAUUGCCGAGGGGGGCAAUCAGGCCUGAACCCAUUUUCUGAUACCGAGAUAAAGAACCUAAGUGGUGGCCAGAGGCGAAUUCUAGCCAUUGCUACUACUCUCCUUUUGACACCCAAGUUGGUUCUUCUUGAUGAACCACUGAGUGGUCUUGAUGAUGCAUCUUCUCUCCAAGUAAUGGAGUUUGUGCAGUUUCUUUCAAAUGCGUACAACUGCGCUGUUAUCCUUUCAGUGCACAAUCCAUCAGAGGAAGUCCUGAAAUACCUCGACAGAAUUAUUGUCCUUGAUAAUGGAUUACUCAAGAUGGAGAGAGAUUGUGCAUCAAACAGAGCCUUUGCGUUGAAUUUCCGCCGAAAAUUGGGUGCCAUCAUGAAUGGAUACCUGGGGAAUGCCAGCUCAAAUGUUCCACCAGAAAACCAACCAAAAAUCCUAGAGAUGACAAGGCAAGAUUCACUUGUUCUCAUGUCUAGGCAAAUCUCCAUGGCGGAUAUGUCCACAAGUAUUGAAACAUUUGAAUGCGGGGAGCAAAAACAAGAGGAUGUAGAGUCCCUUUCCCAAGUGCGUUAUCCUACUUCAGUUCCUACCACUGUGGAGGAGGAGUCUCAAAAGAUAACACAGGCAACAAGCUGGGCAGUUCUUUCAUGCUGCUACAAGAACACCAUUGGUUUUCUGUACAAGACCUCCUUCCUAUGCCAGCGUCUCCAUGCAAACUAUGGAUCAGAUCUGGCAGAUUUGCUGUCACUACCAAUCAUUUUGAUGCUCUUUGCCAUGGUGCUUCGUUUUGAUGGUGGCUCUCCCAUUCAAGAGAUCCUGGUGUCAACCUUCUAUAUUGGUCUUCCCGUGAAUCUUUUUCGACACAAAAUCCACCUCUCUUGUAAGAUGUGGACAGCACAUCGGGUGGAAAUGGAUGAUAGGAGAGUUUCUGUGCUAUCCUACCAGCUUGCUUCGCAGACCUUUUCAUUUUCUGUACCACUUUUCUCCCUUAUUGUGGCCCACAUCCUGGGCUAUGUGGUGCUUGGCUGGUCCUUUGAGUCCCUGGCUGUGCAAAUACUCUUCUCGGCUGUCCAUCUCUUGGAGGAGCGCUCAACAUUCUCCAGUACCAUGGGUCAGAUGAAUACUGUGUGGAUGCUCUUUCCUGCAUUGUCACUGAUGGAGCCUUCCUUGCUCGCUACACUGGCUUCUCGCCUCUCUCCACAGAGCAUCUUGCACUGA